GGAAGUUUUUCCUAGCAUUCAGAAAGCAGGAAGGCAAAGGACAAGGUCCAGGGCCAGGGCGCGGAAUUGCCAAAAUUUAGGCUGAGCUUUCACUGGUUCCGUCUGUUUCCAAUCCAAGUCCGGGCGGCAUUUCAGCUGAGCUGGCCAAGGAAUCCGCUUGUCUAAACGCAGCAUUGGGGCGCUAUGGGGUGCGCUGAGAGCAAGGAGCCCGAGGAUCCUGCAGACGCUGCAGAGGCCGCAGAGAGGGCAGCCGAAAGGUCUCAGAAUCAGGACAUCGAGAAGGACAUCAAGCGGCAGGAUAAGGAGGAAGAGAAGAUCCAAAAACUGCUCCUACUGGGUGCCGGCGAGUCUGGCAAGAGUACGAUAUUCAAACAGGUCAAAGUGCUAUAUCAGUCAGGGUUCACUGACGCAGAGAGGGCGGAGUUCCGCAGGAUCGUGCACUCAAAUGUCUAUCAGUCCAUCAGAAUCCUGCUCGAGGGCCUGGACGCCUUUCAAGAAAGCUCGGGAGCUGGAACGACGUAUACUUUGAAGGAGGAGAACCAGAUGUUGGCAGAGAAGGUUGAGGACAUUGCUCUCCAACCGCCCGGAGACAUGCCCGUGUUGGAUGAGAUUCUGGCGGCGGAGAUCAGCCAGGUUUGGAUGGACCCCGCAGUCCAGGCGGUGUUCGACCGAGCCAACGAGCUCCAGCUGCCCGACUGCGCGGCUUACUUCCUGAAUGACGUCAUGCGGCUCGGCAGGCCCGACUACCUUCCCACACAGGAGGACAUCCUGUUCGCCCGAGUACGGACAACGGGUAUUGCUGAGACAGAGUUCAGCCCUCCAAAGGAGAGCGGCGUUGUAUCGGGCACGUACCGGAUAUUUGACGUUGGAGGCCAGCGGAACGAGCGGAAAAAGUGGAUCCACCUUUUCGACAACGUGACAGCCGUCAUCUUCUGCAUCGCACUCAGCGAGUAUGAUCAGACGCUCUUUGAGGACGAGACGGAGAACCGGAUGGUGGAGGCCAAGAAUUUGCUGGAGGAGAUGCUGCAACACCCGGCCUUCAAGAACGUCUCCUUUUUGCUCUUUCUCAACAAGUACGACCUCUUCGAGAAGAAAGUCCGGAGAGUCUCCCUUACGCAGUGCCCCUGGUUCUCAGACUACACCGGCUCUCCCGACCCCGAUGUUGCCUUCAGGUAUGUCACAGCAAAGUUCCAACAACUCUUUGAGAAUUACAACCCGCCAGGCCAAUUCGCCAAGCGGUUUUUCGCGGUCCCCACAACUGCCACGGACUCGAACAAAGUCAACAAGGCCAUCUUAGAGGCAGUCAAGGAGAUUUUCGUCUUCAAGCAACUAGAGUCCGGCGUCGUUUAGCGGUGGCUUCCACCACCAGAUUCUGGGGCCACACCCAAGCUCGUUGCAAGGCAAUCAAACCCAUUUCCCUUUUAUGGAACAUGAAGUGUCCGGUUGAGGGCAAAGAAAGGCGGCAGAGGUUCCCCCUCCGACAAUCUCACAGACAAAGCGGACCGUCAUGACAAGGCCCGGACUCGCUGCCCUGCGGCCAAUGUCCUUUGGAUUACAGAAAACGAAACGAAUGGAGUCGUGUGAGCACGUCAUAUUUGGCGGGAGAAGUUCAGAAGUUCGGAUGAUCGCUUCGCUUCUUGUUAUAUCUUUUGUGCAUGAGCUUGCAAGAAGGAACGUGC